AGGUCAGUAGGUGGCGGUACAACACAAUAAAUUGGUGCGCCAAUUGCCAUAUAAAAGAAGAAGAAGAAGCUGGUUAUAUGUGCGCAUGCGCGCAUAACAUGCGCGUUUGCUAGCUUAUUGUAUGAAAUGCCUUUGAGCUAGCGACUCACUGAGCUGUUUAUCGAUAUGAACCGAGGACUGUUUAUUUAUUUACGUGGCAAAGACACGUUGAGAAAAACCCUUCAGACUGUUCGACAAAGAAGCAUUCGCCAUUAUAUGAAAUGUAAAACAGAAACUGAAAUAAAGCGGUUUAUUGUAGAAAACACUGAGAUAGUCAAAGGUCAAAGUUUAACACCCGAGAUCUCUUUAAGACUCUUUACAGUGAAAUGUCGCUUCUGGACGGAGAGAGCAGAGUUGUGGCCACUUCCUGAUCCCUUCUGGGCUAUAUACUGGCCUGGGGGACAGGCACUGACCAGGUAUCUUCUAAACAAUCCAGAGCUGUCAGUAGGUAGAAGAGUGCUGGAUCUCGGAUGUGGCUGUGGUGCAUCUGCUAUUGCUGCUAAACUCAGUGGGGCUGCUCAUGUUGUGGCCAAUGACAUUGAUCCAAUUGCUGCUAUUGCCACAAAGAUGAACUGUGAGCUGAAUGGAUUAGAGCCCUUGCCUUGUGUGACUGACAAUCUGAUCGGUUCAGAACCUGAGAACUGGGACCUCAUCCUGCUGGGAGACAUGUUCUAUGAUGAGACUCUUACAGACAGCUUACAUAAGUGGCUCUACAAAUGUGUUAAGCUUCACAGAACACAGAUCCUUAUUGGAGACCCAGGACGGGCUCAGUUUGAGAGCCAUGACGUCAAGGCACUGUUGUAUGAACGGGCUCGGUUUGAGUUACCUGACUCGGUUCGAGAGGAAAAUUAUGGACUGACAAGUAGCACAGUGUGGUGCUACAGACCUGAUUACUAAGGUACUUUUUCAACAAGAAAAUCUGUGUAUCUGUUAACAAUAAGCAGUUCUAUGCUUUAAGAAUACUUUAAAAAACAUAACUGACACUUCACACUCAUUUUAAUAAGAUGUACAUUAUUUAUAGGACUUGGCAGGUUACUGUGAGAAAGCACUGGUUGUAGGAUUUUCACCCAUAUGUAAUAUGAAAGCUUUUUUUUUUUCCUGUAAGAACGCUCGAGUAUUUCUGAAUGUUUCCAAAAUUUCAAAUAUGCAAAAUCUGUCCACUUCAGAGUUCAUUCAAGAAACUGUUCAAGUUAGAACCAUUCAAUCAAAAAGAGAUUACACUCAUGGAAAAUAAUCAUCCUUUAGGCAGGAGAAGAUGCAAGAAUCUCCCUCACAUCACCUCUCUCCUGAUCUCUUCCCUUUCUUUCUUUCUCUCUCGCUCGGCGUAUUUUUUUUUUCCUCCAGAACAAAUCAUUUUGUAUAUGUUCAUCAUUGAUCAGUUGUGCUGCAAGCUUUUGUGCUGUAGUUUUAGAAUUUUUUUUUUACUAAUAUAUGUAUUUAUUUAAUAUGAAUAUUUUUUUACCGAUUGUCAGAUUACAACCAUAUUUUGAGUACAAGUUUUAACUGAAAACAAUUGACCCUUUCACUGAACUUUUCAUCUUCAUCAAAGAUUUUAUUAAGAAAUAGACAUUAACAAGAAUGAAAGUUCUUACAUCCAAAAAGUGCUUUAUAAAGUUAGUGUAAAUAAAUAUACAACAAACGUAUUGUGUUACUAAUAUUUAGCAUAUUCACAUUACUGAAAUUCACCUGUUUCAUCUGAGCUAUGGACACUUUCAACAGCUCAGAACACAAACUGUAAUCUUGUAGAUUAUGUGUGAGUUUAGCAGUGACACCUGUGACUUGUUACAGUCAAACUGAUUUUAGCAUGUGUUUACUAUGUGUUUUUCCACUGUAGAUUUUUAUAUGCAAUAACAGGUGUGUGGAUGUUCUGCAUGAGCUCAAAGAAUGAAUUAGAGUAGACUCAGUAUACAGUCCAGGAGACCUGCUGAAUCUUUUUAGGCCCGAUAAGGUUAUGAAGUGCCUCCCUGGAUUUAUCUAAAAUACAAACCAAAGAUAGUUUUAAAGCAUAUUUUAACCCAGUAGUGACAAGGAAUCAGAAAGAUAUGUGAAGUAUAUCAUUUCAUGUAUAUCAAACAUGAUAUCACUGUUCUGUUUAUAUAGAAAUAAUACUACAAUAUACCUGUAAUGAGGGGACAUCCAUGAAAAAGGAAUAUUCUGAUGUUGACACAGUUUGAGAGAACAGCAGCCACAGCCUUGUCUGUUAAGUUACGGCACCGUACCAUCUGUAACUCCUUUUUGAGAAUAAGUACAAGAUGAAGCAUGUUCAAGUAGAAUGAAAGCAUCAACCAACGCAUCAAUCUUUUAGCCAAGUUUUUAGGGGUCUUGAUAUAUAGUUCAACAGUAACAGGGUAAAUAUUACUAUACACAGGUGAUAAUGUAAAACACAACAGGGUGUGCUGUUGUAGGAAAAUAAUCAACAACAGGGUUGUGUAAUGUAACCCCAAGCGAAGCUCUGUUAUUUUCCUACAACAGCACAUCCCGAAGUGUUUUAUUCCCCUUGUACUUGUUAACCACAGCAACCUGUUAACAAUUACAAUUUUUUUUAUUUAUGAUGAGUUUAUAGUUGCAUUUAAUUCAAGACAAGUUACUUCGUGGUAUCGCUUAUGUUAGAGCAGCUAUAAACAAUCGUUCACCUUCAUUUCACUAUUAUUUAAUAAUAUGACAAAAAAAAAAUGCAGCUUGUUACUGAGAAACUGCAAAACGCUUUGUCUUUAGAAUUUCCCAUGGCAAAGUAACAGGUUUGUUCCAAAGCACUGGCUGUCUGAUCGUUGUCAGAGCUGCUUUCAACAUAUUAUGACCAAAGAAAUUUGAGAAUUCAGCAGUGUUGUGCUAUAAUAAAUACCAGUGAAUACACACAUUACCUUUAAGCUCUGGCAGCACACUCCAGUUACAAGACCAAUAACACCUUCGUCAGUGACCUGUCAGGAGCAUGUCAAGUAAUAAAAUUACAGUUACACUAAUAAAUCUAGCAAAAUCCAGUUUUAAAAAAAGACUCUAAAAGCAUUAUUGCCUUUUAGAAUAACACUGAAAGGUUAACACAGUCCUGUAUCAAUGCAUAUCACUGAAACAGCACUACAUCAGAAGAUACAAAGUGAUUCUAACGCUAUUCUGUAAUAGUGAAAUGUUUAGUUAUAUUACUUUUUAGCCAUUUGGUUCAGCUCAGCCUCCUCCUGCUUUGUAUGUGGACUCUGUUUUGUAUUUAUUGUGUUUAUUGUACUGUAUUUAAUGUAUACAAUUGUAUGUUCUUGCGCUGAACUGCCAAGUUAAAUUUCUGUGUACAUUUGGUGAAUAUAGUGAUUCCGAUUCUCAUUUU